AUGGCUGAUACAGGAUUGCCUGCAGGUUGGGAAGUUCGUCACUCCAACUCCAAGAACCUUCCCUACUACUUCCAUCCCGAUACCAAGGAAUCUCGUUGGGAACCUCCUGCCGAUACCGAUACAGAGAAGCUCAAAUUCUACAUGGCACAAAAUCACACCCCCGCUGCUCGCAGCGAUGUCACCGGACAAGCUGAGGGCAAGAUCCGUUGCAGCCACUUGUUGGUGAAGCACCGCGACAGCCGACGCCCCAGCAGCUGGCGAGAGGCUAAUAUCACCCGUACCAAGGAAGAAGCUAUCCAGAUUCUUGAGGGUCACCAGCAGCGCAUUCAGUCUGGCGAAGCUACCCUUGGAGACAUCGCUAUCUCAGAAUCUGAUUGCAGCAGUGCCCGUAAGAAGGGUGACCUUGGUUUCUUUGGACCUGGUGAGAUGCAGAAAGAGUUUGAGGAUGCUGCGUUUGCUCUGUCGCCUGGUCAAGUCAGCGGCAUUGUCGAGACUGCCUCCGGUGUCCACCUCAUCCAACGGGUACAGUAA